CUUGACGAUUCCAAAAAACACGACCAAAACACUACAAUUUCGUACAUAAAACACCAUCAUCACUGUUUCGAUUUUGUGUGAAAUUUCGAAGUCUGAAAAACUAACAAACCACUGAACAGAUAAUCAAGGAAGAAAGCUUUCGAUUUUCAUGGGUGGUUUUGACAAUCAUGGUGGGAUAAUUGGCGAUUGGAUGCCUCCGAGCCCUAGCCCUAGGUCUUUUUUUGCAGCUAUGUUGGGGGAUGAUCCUGGUUCAAGAUCAGUACCUGACCCUCCAAAAAACGAUACCAAUAACGACACCGGGUUCACUUUCCCUGGACCAAAUCCCCAAAUCGAGUCUGAAAAUGGCGAUGCGACAAAAUCAAGUGAGUUUGGUGAUCAAAAAACGAACUCAAGGGCACCUCUUGUUGAAAGAAUGGCAGCUAGAGCUGGUCAUAAUGCUCCUAGGUUGAAUACAGAGAUUAUAAAAUCUUCUGAUAAUUCACAAACUCAACAAUCUCCAUAUUUAUUUUCACCUGGUGUUAGCCCAACUUCUUUUCUGGAAUCACCUGUUUUCCUUUCCAACUCAUUGGUUCAACCAUCUCCAACUACUGGAAAGUUCCAAUUUGUUCCAAAUGGUAAUAGUAGAAGCUCCAUGAUGUUCUUGGAUUCCUCUAAUAGGGUUAAAGAAAAUUUCUUUGAGGACACUAAUAACACUUUUUUUGCCUUUAAGCCUUUCCCAGAUUCAGCUCCUGUAUCUCGUGAUCAUGUGAAUCCACCUUUCAUGUCUACACAAUCUUUUCAACAUAAUGAAACUCUAGUUCAAUCUGAAAGACAAUUCCCUCCACAAAAGAUUGAACCAACACAAAAUGAAACAUCUUCACUCCAUAUUCGCUCACGCUUUCUUAAUGGCAAUUCUGAAAGAUCUCAAGAACAUCAUGAAGAUGAUGCAGAUCAAAGAAUAAAUGGAGAUAUUGGUAAUAAUUCCAACAGUGCCUCAUCUAAAGAUGGAUAUAAUUGGAGGAAAUGUGGUCCUGUUAAAUUGUCCUGUACUACCUGAAACGAUCUCCAUCUUCUCCAAAUCAAACACGAAUUGUUGUUUUGGGUGACAAAUCUAAGAACCGAAUACUUGACUAAUAUAGUAAAAGAAACAUCUAAUAAUAUUAUUAUUGUUUAUAUUGUAGCCAGAAUCAGCACCAGGGUACUCUUCAAGCUGUCUAUUAAGCUCCAUAUUUGUUCACUAGGGUUUUUCUCUAAGAAUGGAUUUCCACACCAACUAGUUAAAUGGAUGGUUAGGGUUCCAUAUUGAGUUCUGCAGAUACUUAAAGUGGAUUACGAGACUCUCUCUCUCUCUCUUACUCUCUCUCUCUCUCUCUCACUCUCUCUCUCUCUCUCUCUCUCUCUCGUCAAAACUCAAAAAUAGAAGACAUGAACUUCAAUUUUGCUGUAAUAUUUUCAUGAUAAAUGUCAGAGCUUCAAAUAAGUUAAUUUUUUAGGCAUAAUAUGUUUAUGAUUAAGAAUAGUUACAUCCAAAAUUUUGGAAAAAAGUGAAUUAGUUGAGAUCAAUUUGUUGGUGAAGUUGUUAAAGUCCAAUUGCAGUCCCACAGCAUCACCACAAUACUAGGUUCAAAAUAGUUUACUUUUGGUCCUCCAAUUUUUAUUGAAUACACACAAUUUACCCUUACAAAACUUGAUGGUCUUGUGAUAAACAUAUAUGGGAAUAUACUCGAUGCCUUAGGUGUUGCCCUGCUACUAUCAAGUUCCUGUCAUAGUUGCUUCAGCUGCUCCUUUUGACAAACAACAAGAAGUUGAUGUUAGUGAUGAAGAUUCUACAAUUUGACACAACUGCAGUGAAACAAGUCACAUUUAUAUAAGUACUCUUGGUCCAUUUUUUUCAAGGGGGUUGUUACCAGCAACUCAAGACAUGAAUUAUGUUCUCAAGUGGAUGAUCUGAAGGUGAAUGCUGAAUACACAGGAUACAGAGUAGGUUCUAGUGUUGUUGUGUGGUUUUGGGAGGUUGUGAAAGCACUUAACAAGGAAGACAGGGCGAGAUUGCUUCAAUUUGUCACUGGUACAUCAAAGGUUCCAUUGGAAGGUUUUGUAUGUAGCAUUGAAGACAGUUCACACAAGAGUAAUUGACACCUCUCUUGUAUUCAAAUAUUGGAGUGGCUCCAAUUUCAGUUCCUCUGUCCUGGAAAUAGGAAGCGAUCCGGUGUACUCAAUUGAACUCCUUCGCGAAGAGAAUGAUGCGGUUAUUUUAGCAAUGGGGGCAACAAAGCCACGAGACCUCUCUGUUCCUGGACGUGAGCUCUCAGGUGUGCAUUUUGCAAUGGAAUUUCUACAUGUGAAUACUAAAAGCUUAUUAGAUAGCAAUCUUGAAGACGGAAACUAUAUGAGAGGGACCAAACGUAGCGCAUUGUACUCUCAUUUAUUUUCUAACUAUAACAAUAUACUUCCAUUUUCUUAAUAACAAUGUACAAUCGGAUCCCCUUAGUCGUUCGAACGAUUAU